CGUUUCUCCCGCACCAUGAUCUUUGCUAUUGAAGAGAUUAAUAACAGCACUGAACUGCUUCCCGAAAUCAAACUUGGAUAUCAGAUCUAUGACUCCUGUGCCUCCGUGCCCAUGGCCAUGCACGUGGCAUUUCAGCUGUCAAAUGGACAGAACCCAGUGUUUUACAAAGGCAGUAACUGCUCACAAUCUGGAGUUGUGAUGGCUGUUGUUGGAGACUCCGGAUCCACACCAUCGAUUGGCAUGCUGCGCAUCAUCGGGUCCUUUAACAUUCCACUGGUGAGUCACUUUGCCACUUGUGCCUGCCUGUCAGACAAGCAGGAGUACCCAACUUUUUUCAGAACGAUUCCCAGUGAUCAUUAUCAGGCUGACGCAUUGGCCAAAAUGGUGAAACAUUUUGGCUGGAGUUGGAUAGGUGCUGUCCACUCUGACUCAGAUUAUGGGAAUAAUGGCAUGGCGUCUUUUCUUGAUGCAGCACUUCGAGAGGGGAUCUGCGUCGAAUACAUUGAAUCCUACUUUCGAACUGACCCACGAAGCAAAAUCCAAAGAGUUGCAGAUGUUAUCCGUUGGUCAAAAGCCAUUGUUGUUGUGGCAUUUACAGCCUCUGGUGAUAUGAGGGCACUGUUGGAAGAACUGGCUCUAAACCCUCCUCCACCCCGCCAGUGGAUUGGAAGUGAGGGCUGGGUAACUGACCCGCAUUUGAUGAGCUUCAGUUUCUGUGCAGGUGCCAUAGGCGUUGCCAUUCAGCAAUCUGUCAUCCCAGGUCUGAGAGAUUUCCUUCUGAAUCUUUCUGCCUCUGAAGUGGCUGCCUCCUCAGUGCUGACUGAGUUCUGGGAGGAUGCAUUCGAUUGCAAGCUGACAAGAAAUUCUGAUCAAGAAAAUAGAGUGUGUGAUGGAUCAGAAGAUAUUAAAACACUCUUAAGUCCGUACACUGAAACAUCUCAGUUAAGAAUUACUAACAUGGUGUACAAGGCUGUUUAUGCAAUAGCACAUGCCAUUCAUAAUUCUGUUUGUGAGGAGACAAACAUAACCACUCAAUGUGAAAAAUACAAGAAACUGGAGUCAAAACAGGUUUUUUCAGAGCUGAAGAAAGUCAACUUUUCAAGAAAUGGUUACCAUGUGUCAUUUGAUACUAAUGGUGAUCCUGUAGCUUUUUAUGAACUGGUUAACUGGCAAAAGAGCGAGAGUGGAUUUACAAAACUGGCUAAAGUGGGGUAUUAUGAUGCAUCACUUCCAAUGGGCCAGCAGUUUCACAUCAAUCAGAACAUAACAUGGUUGGAGGGUACCACUCAAGUACCAGUGUCUGUUUGCUCUGAGAGUUGUCCCCCUGGAACACGUAAAGUGUUGCAAAAAGGAAAACCAAUCUGCUGCUAUGAUUGCAUACCAUGUCCUGAAGGGGAAAUCAGUAAUAUCACAGAUUCUCCCGAUUGCUUCCCAUGUUCCAAUGAAUUCUGGCCUAAUACAAAGAAAGAUAUUUGUUUUCCCAAACCUGUGGAGUUUCUUUCCUUUGACGAAGUCCUGUCAGUGAUUCUGGCUGCAUUCUCUGUUAGUGGGGCCUCUCUGGCAAUCAUUACAGCAGCAGUUUUCUUUCGUCACAGAGCAACUCCAAUUGUCAGAGCCAACAACUCUGAGCUGAGUUUCCUGCUGCUCUUCUCUCUGACUCUAUGUUUCUUAUGUUCAUUAACUUUCAUUGGAGCACCUUCAGAGUUGUCCUGCAUGCUGCGGCACACAGCAUUUGGCAUAACCUUUGUUCUCUGCAUCUCCUGUGUUCUUGGAAAAACUAUAGUGGUUUUAAUGGCCUUUAAAGCUACUCUUCCAGGUCGUAAUGCAAUGAAAUGGUUUGGUCCUCUACAGCAAAGAAUGACUGUACUGACUUUUACAUUUAUUCAAGUUUUAAUAUGUAUAGUGUGGUUGGUUGUGAGUCCUCCUUUCCCAAUGAAAAAUCUAACCACAUACAAGGAGAAGAUCAUCCUAGAAUGUGCGUUAGGCUCUGCUGUUGGCUUCUGGGCUGUGCUCGGCUACAUCGGCUUGCUUGCUGUACUUUGCUUUGUCUUAGCUGUUUUAGCUCGGAAACUACCUGAUAAUUUUAAUGAAGCUAAGAUGAUAACUUUUAGCAUGUUGAUAUUCUGUGCAGUCUGGAUCACCUUCAUCCCAGCCUACAUAAGCUCUCCUGGAAAAUUUACUGUGGCUGUGGAGAUAUUUGCCAUUCUAGCCUCAAGUUUUGGACUGAUACUGUGUAUAUUUACUCCAAAAUGUUUCAUAAUUUUGUUUCAGCCAGAGAAGAACACAAAAAAAUAUUUGAUGAACAAAAAUUAA